UUACCGAAGGAAAUCAGACGCAUAGUACGGCGCGAGGCCCUCGAAGACCGACUCGUGGUCGUAGCCCCCCGAGUGACUAGCUUGCUCGAAGAAGUCGUCUGUCCGCCAUGUCCGCUAUUCAUCGAGAAAGCCGCAAAAUUUUCUUGGGCAUGUACAUUCGGCUGA